AUGGAUGUUUGGCGUCGUCCUUGUCAACGCAAAGAUGGUUCGAAAUAUUAUGAGUAUAUUUUGGUUUAUACUGAUGAUGUCAUUGCAAUCUUGGAGAAUCCAAAAGCGAUUAUGGACAAACUCAACAAUUUCUUUGUUUUAAAGCCUGACUUGAUAAAAGAGCCAACCACAUAUCUUGGUGCAACAAUCUCAAAGCAUAAGUUGGAUGGUGAUGAUUAUUUCACCUGGGUUAUUGGAUCUGAAGCGUACCUACAAGAGUCGCUAAGAGUUGUCAAGAAGCAAAUUGCGCCAAUGCAACUGACUUUGAAGAAAAAGGUUUACUCAACUUUACCCACUGGAUACAAGCCGGAACUUGAUUCUACUCCUUUUGUCGAUGAUGAUACCGCUAUUUUCUACAUGCAACUCAUCGGUAUUCUGCGCUGGCUUGUGGAACUUGGUCGUAUUGAAGUGUCUAUGCUCUUGACUUACAAUACAAUGCCUUGUGAAGGUCACUUUCAUGCUGCCUUACAUAUUUUUGUCUACUUACAGAAGUAUCCUGAUCGUGUACUUGUGAUGGAUUGUGGUUAUGCUGAUUGUUGGGAUAUGACGAAAUAUGAGUUUUUACGUUCCAAACGAAACUAUUCAA